AUGAGUGGAUUUCGGCACGCCUUUUCUAUGACACGGAAGGAGGUACGGGAUGCCGUACCUCCUGGGACUAUCUCCCUGUCAAUUUACUCCCAAGAGUCCGCUGGUCGCACGCAUCUCAAAAAUAAUGGCGAACUGGUUCUGUCUCCUCAGCCGUCGGAGGACCCAAUGGAUCCGUUGAAUUGGCCAAGUUGGCGCAAGUUCACCGUUCUUCUGCUCAUGUCGCUGUAUGCCGCCAUUGGAAAUUUUACUUCUGGCUCAAUUUCCAGUGCCUUUCCCUUAUAUGCCACUCCGAUGGCUUUCAAUCCCCCUGUUUCUAUUGGGAAGCUGGGUCAUCUCGUUGCGUUCUUCUUUAUUUUUGAGAAUUCGUGUUUCGUCUCCUUGCUGCCCGCUUUUUCAUGGGGGUUGGCGUCGCUCCAGCCGACACAAGGGUUUUAUACGGUUUUCAUCUGCAUAGGCCCCGUUCUAGGAGGUAUUGCCGGUGGUUACAUUGCCGGAAACCUGGGCCUGGCAUGGAUCCAUUGGAUCAAUGUGAUAUUGUCCGGUAUUCUACUAGUCGCCUGUUUCUUCCUCGUCCCGGAGACGCUCUAUGUUCGUGAGGUCCCUCAAGCCACAGACCCUGCUUUGGACAAUGGCGGGAAAGAUGAGGAUGCAGCAAGUUCGGUCAAAAUUGAAGAUAUUACGCGGAAUCGAACUACGAGUGGUAGUUAUACGGAACUUACUUUCCUCCGCUCACUUAAGCUAUACACCUACCAUGGAAACCUUUUCCAGAAUUUCAUUUCGCCGUGGUUGACACUGCGUCUUCCCGGGGUAUGGCUAGUGAUGCUAUGGUAUGCAGGACUGGUCGGUGGAGUUGUGACAAUAUCGACAGUCGGCCCAACGCUCGCUGCCCAGCCGCCAUAUCUGUGGGGAAACAACGCCGGUCUCAUCUUGGUUGGCGGUAUUAUCGGAGCAUUAAUUGGAGCAGUGGCUACGGCACUCACCGCAGAUCGAAUUGUCACCACGAAAAAGACAUUGCAGGGUGAAGAAAACAUGGAGUCAGAGGCUCGCUUGCCAAUUGCACUUCCGGGACUUGUUCUUGCAACAACGGGUUUAUGGACCUUCGGCUUCUGCGCCCAGGCCUCGAAUCCACAUAUGUGGAUUGGGAUGCAGUUUGGGCUGGGAAUGCUGUCCUUUGGUCUCAUGCAGGCACCAUCUAUUGGUUUCAAUUAUCUGCCUGGAUACCAAAUUGAACAGACUUUCACCAGAACAGGGGAUAUCUCUGUUUAUCGGGCCUGGUGUUGA